UUACGCCUUUUCACAUCGCUGAGACUAUUUGCGUAACCCAGUCACACAGCCAUGGCAGUGCAAAAAACUUGCGAGCCCUCUUCCUUUUUGUAUACGCACGGCUGUGCACCCAACCAAAGCAGCAGUAAUAUCGCGCCUUGGUUGACAGGGAUUCGUCCGACCCGGAGCGCUUGAUCCCUCCGCGGAUCAUGUGGUUGCACCAGAACCUGCCCUGGAGCCAGUUCAUCUUCGCCGAGACGGUGGUGGUGGCCGCCAUCACGGUGCUCGUGGUCGUGGGCACGCUGGUGGCACAGGCCGUGCUAGGCUUCUACGCGCCUCCCUGCGCCACGUCGGCCUGCGACCAGGCCAUGAACUUGGCACGCAGCUCCAAGCACAUGGAAGCGCCCCCCUGCGACGGCUUCUACGCACACCUGUGCGGCGGUACCUCGAGCGACUACUUCCGGCGUCACCCGCUCGUGCACGCCGUGUCCGCCGCGCUGCUCGAUAGAGGCGCCGCAGUCGGCAGCGACUCCAAGAACAGGGACGCGUUGGACAAAGCGGCAGUCUUUUAUGUCAGCUGCCACAAGCACUUCCUGUCUUCCGCUGAACAGUCUGGCCUGCACCAGGAUGUCACCAACAUACUAAUAAUCAUCAAGGCACGCUGGGAAGACAUCGCGCAGCAUUCGGUCAGCAGCACGUCAACGCUGAAGUUCAUGCUCCGCCUAGUCCUCAAGUACCGUAUUGAGCUGGCCAUCAGGGUACGUCUCUACGAAGGCAACAUGCACCUCAGGUCUGGCGACUCGCUGCGCAACUAUCUCGGCCUGCCUGCGCGACAGCUGGAAGCGAUGCUCAGCACAGCGGCAAACGCCAGCGGUGCCACAUUGACAUCGGCGCAGCUGACACAGUUGCUGAUCGUCGACGAGUCUCUCACGAACAACCUGAGCGGUGAAGAAGACGUGAGCAUGUGGCCGCCGGACCAGCUGUUCUUGCAGAUCUACCCGAGGACUCGCGAAGCGUGGAUCGAAGCCCUGGCCGAUGCUCCGCACGUGCUGCAGUCCCUCGAGCCGACCAAGCUGGUGUACGUGAAGGGCAUGUCCUUCCUGCACACCUUCACCCACCUCGUCCUCGAGACGUCCAGCCGCAUCACGCGCUCUGUGUGGCUUCUGGUGCACGCGCUCCUCCCUGCCCUCGAGGCGGAGGUCGUGCGGCGAACAGUGCCCUCGGAGCAGCUGGCGGACGCCGUCGUGUCCUUCUGCUACCGCCAGAGCCGCGAGUCCCAGUACGGCGUCGCCAUGGAGUCCUUCCAGUGGACUCUGGCGAUUGGCUCGCAGAGUGCAGUGUCGGCGGUGAGCACCACGCAGGAUUUGGUGCGUUCGCAGGCUGCGCUAUCGGCGGCGAGGUUGUUCCGCGGUGGCCUGCUGCACGAGGUCAUGGAGGAGAUCGAGGACAUCCACGUGGGGCUCUUUCUCGAUCCUACUUCUGCGGAUGAGGCCAGGCAACUCGAGAAGCUGUACAGGGACCUCCCGAUGCCAAGUCGUUCCGGCUACUACGUGAACCGUCUGCUGCCCAUUGGAAUGGCGCCGGGCUCGUCGCAUCUGUUGGAAUGGCACUCGCGCUGCCUCGAAGACGACUUGCUGGGCGCAGCCAAGGACGCGUACACUAGUCGUCGCCUGUGCGUGUCGCCUGCGCUGGUGUCACAGCCGCUGUUCUACACCGGCACCGAGAGCUUCGUAAAUUUCCCGACACUGGGAUUCCUGUUGGCCGAGCCGUACGCAGACGUCCUGUUCCGGGCGUUGCGAAAGGCGCCCUCUGGCACAGAGACGGCGCGCCGGUUUGCGGCAACCAUGGCUUGCCUCCGGCGCCAGCUGGAGUCCCUGAGCAACACGAGCAUGUCGGGCGACGCCAAGUCAGCAGCGCUGUUCCGCCAUGCCGGCGCGCUGCAGUUGGCGCACGACGCGGUCGAAAACUCGGGCGGGUUCUCCGGCGGCGACGUGGAGCGACGCGCGUUUUUCGAGCGCCACUGCUGGCUCUGGUGCUCCGAGCUGCUGAGUGGCGCGCGGUCGCCGUCCACCUACCAGCUGGACGCCAAGGGCGUGUGCAACAUUGCCGUGCGAAAUGUGCUCGCCUUCUACCGCGCCUUCCGCUGUUACCCGGAGGACUACAUGGGUAGCGUCGAGGUGUGCGCCGUCUUCGGAGUCCCGCCGUACAAGGAGUGACCUGCGCGGUGAAGAACUUUCUUUCGCUCACGAGUUCACGUGCUCAGACACGUGAACAGUGAGAACUCGAUGACCAUGUGCGCUUACACGAAGUGCUCGGUUCACAUACCAAGCCAGUUUCGCUUAGAGUACGAAACAAGGAGCCCUAAGACACUGUCUCGUUGUUUGACAGUGGAUAUAUUAAAAUGAUAUAUGCCCACGUUUAAACAUAGUGAGAAAAUUUAUCCGCUCUUCAGCCUAUAAGCAAGGUUGUUUCUUAUUUAGAACUACUAGCUGCAGGAGUAGUGAAAUCGAGGGCUGCGCAUUAGUUGUCAGCCGAAAGCAACGAGACCUCGUCAGUUACGCACGUUAUUGAGUGUUGCCUACUCAGUCAUAUGUGAACGAGGCGUGCAGUGCCGGUGAACGUAGGGUGCUUGUCUUUGAGCCCCUUUCAGCCAUUCUCUUCUAUGAUGGCCAAUGAGGGCGUGGAACACCCACUUCGACCGGCGGUGCAUUCCCAACAUCAACUGCAUGUAGGGUUAGCGGUCUCCACGAUUUAAUUUAUGUUGCACGCGAAAGAAAACGCACGGUAUUGAAACACAUGUAGGCAGAUGUAGGCACGGCAUAACAGACUUGUGCAAGUUACAGAAAAAAGAAGUAACCGAUUACAAUUGCUAAUACUUCGUCCAAAAAUGCUAUUGAUUAGGGUUAUGAAGUACUGCUCCACUAAUGCAAUUCAGGAAUUACUCAAUAGUAAUCGACCACUUCUGUGCUACUUUCCUACGAACGUUAACCUUACAUACGUAGAUACAGUAAACAGAACGAGCUGGCAUGAUACUUUCAGUGCGUCCAUCUGCAGCCUUUCAUGCAGUUUAUGAGAGCUAGCAACUAGACUACGAAAAUUCCUCGGUCAUCGUUCCUUGUUUUUCUUGUGGAGACAUAAGCAGAAUGAAACAGACAACGGGAAACGUGCAGGUUAGCGAGUUCUCUCAAUGUGCGCGCUGGGCGGUAUGACGUGUCGUAACGUGCAUAGACCUUCGCCACACGAUUUCUGCUACUCAGCAUCACUGUCCUCUAUGAAGCGCAGCCCUUGAUUGUUGCUGGGACUUGGAAAAGACGGUUCCAGGUGGGCUAACGAAAAGCUGAGAAACUCACUCGUGUGUGAUCUCCUGGCAUUAAUGCCCUAAGUGGCCUUUCCUACUGAGACAUGCCAGCACCGUUUCAAUUCAUCGGCCAGCAUCUGAUGGAGGGUUAAGGUGAGCAAACGACUCAUGAGCGCCGGGCUUACCUGGCUGCACGUACACAUUUGCGAGGCGAGGAUGCUGCGCGGCAGGAUCUCGGGCGUUACGCUGUAUUUUUCGCCAAGUUCAGGUUCUCAAAGUUGCGUCGCUUGUUACAGCUCGUGUCAUCAAUAAAGUAACUGGUUUCAUGCGAUUGGUUACUGAAAAGAAUGAUUGAAUUAAAAUGAUCAUUACCU